AUGCUUAAAGAAGAGUGUGGUUUCCCAGAUACUGUUGACUUUAGUGACAGAUAUAAAGAAGCUAUUGGAAAGUUCAAGGAUGGAAAUACUGACCCGAACCUAUUUAGCUUUAUGGCUCAGCACCAAAACGGAUAUAAUCUCAAACCUGGAAAAUACAAGCUCGCUAAGGGAUAUGAUUUAAUAGCAUAUCAUCCAAAUGACAUGGAUGAAUUUACUCCGAGAUAUUUGAUGUCAGAGCUAAAUGACAAUUCAACUUUCGUCAUGAAACGCGUAAAAAAUAGAGACGGAACGAAAGAACAAAAGCUUAUGAAUGCGGAUGACGUAGAUAGGGAAAUUGUUGAAAACGGUCUCGGAAUAUAUGAAAUGCCAGCAGAUGAGGUACAAGAAACUCCACAGGAAGAAGUUCAGAUACAACCAGACAUGGAAGAAAUAGUUCAGCAACAACAGCUAGAAGAGCCUGAAGGAAACGAACAAGUCACUCCUUUGGAAACUAACUUCACAGAACUAGAUGAAGAUUUGGAACAGCCGAAAAAUCUUGACCCUCAACAAGAGUAUGAGGUGAAUAUGGAAUCUUUCCAAGAGUCUAAGAAAGAUUCGGCUGACAUAGUAGAAGAAUAUCGAAAAAUGUUUGCCGACAUACAAAAGACUCCAACACCAGAUGAAAAUAUUCAGCAUAGAAUGAAAGUACUGAAAGAAAAUGUACACAAAUACAACAACCCUUUUUACUUACGAGCAUUUAACGUUCAAUCUUCGGAUGAACUCGGUGAAAAUAAAAGGUUAAAUUUCAAGAAAACAUAUAGAAAUGAAACAUUGUUUAAAGUUCAUUCAGAACCUAACCAAGAUGGAAACAAACCUACUUUU